AAUUAAUCACCACCAGCAUGAAUAUCUUUUAGGUUCGGCUGAAUAUCCAUAUUUCAUUGCAAGGAAUGGCCAAGUGAAGGAUAUGUUAUGUAAUCCUAAUGUAGGCAUCCUAACGUCACUAUCAUGCUUCUGACACCUCUCUCUCAUCAAAAAAUUUCUUGUAGUCCGCUUCAUGUAUCGACCAGUAAUAAACUUGCUCCUAAAAUUUGGGCUUUCAAUGCUCUGCAUCGCCCUGUGUGUGUGGAGCUCUUCCAAUACAUAUUGAGAUUCAUCCUCAAUAAGACAUUUUAAUAAGAUUGUUGAAAACCUUCUCAUAUACAAGUCUUCUCCAAUGAUAACAAAGCAUGUCUUAUUACAAUAUUUAGUUGUCUUUUCUCUUUACUGGUAGCCAAUUUGGACAAUAAAUCUUCUAUGGCAUUCUCCGCUCAGAGAAUAAGUUCAAUAUCAACUACUUUGAAUCUUUUCAUUAAAAAUAAUCACAAUUAACAUUAUUAAUAAUGUUUUUUAAAACAACCUAAUCGAAAUAUUUUUUUCGUUGAGACGAAACUUUUCUAAAAACAAAUCCAGGAGAAUGAAACCAUCUAGUAAUUAAGUCCAAAAAUAAAAUAAGCAACUCUAAUAUAUAAUUGUAGAAUUAGAAGCACUAAUAUUAUUAGCAAAGGAAGAAAGGAAAGGUUUUUUGUUUGGCACAGUAAAGUGAGUGGUAUAUGAUGAUAAUUAGGCAUUAAUGGUGACGACAAAAAGUACUUCACAUCUUCACUUUGACCAUUCCUUGGUUUACUUUAUCAUUUCCUGACACGUCAUUGUGAGCUUCAUUACCAUUUAAACAUUCUCCAUUCUCCAUUGCUGUCACCGUUACUAUACUAUAUAAACAUGCGCUCCUUCAUGCUGUCACGGCUUCUACAAACAUUUCAACACUACCCAAAAACACAAUAACACUGCUUCCCACUUCACAAAUGGAGCCAAAGUGCACCAUAAACUGUCGCCGCUCGGAGUUCGCUCCGACCCCUCUGCCGGAGAGUCCUCGAGUGCCCAUGGAGUUUCUGUCACGCUCAUGGAGUGCCUCUGCUCUUGAGGUUUCCAAAGCUCUUUCACAUCACCACUCCUCUCUCUCCUCUUCUUGCAUGCCUAAUUCAAACAACACUUCCAUUCCGGAGGAAACUCUUCCCAACAACACCAACGCCAACGCCUUUCUCUCUGAAGAUUUCUCCACCAUGUCUAAGAAUCAGUUCUCUUUUGCUUCCUCUGCCACCUCUCAGCUUGUCCUUGAACGCAUUAUGUCACAAUCCACAAGAGAGGAAGUGUCUCCGUUAACAUCGGGUAGGUUAUCUCACAGCAGCGAGCCUUUGAAUGGCGGUGGUUCCUUAACCGGAACAGAUAGCCCUCCGAUUUCACCUUCGGAUGAGUUUGAUGACGUUGUUAAGUUCUUUCGGGCAAAUAAUUCAAUUCACCCUUUGUUCAAUGGUGGACGAGCCAGUGCAACUAUUGGCAACGGCACAGCAUGCUCGGGACCAAAAACUGUUGGAAGAUGGUUAAAGGACCGAAGAGAGAAGAAGAAAGAAGAAAACAGAACCCAUACUGCUCAGCUGCAUGCCACUAUUUCAGUGGCUGCAGUGGCUGCUGCCGUUGCAGCUAUUGCGGCUGCAACAGCAGGCUCGUCUGCUCCCAGCAAGGAUGAGAAGAUGGCAAAGACUGACAUGGCUGUUGCUUCUGCAGCUACAUUAGUUGCUGCACAGUGUGUAGAGGCUGCAGAAGCUAUGGGGGCCGAGCGUGACCACCUUGCUUCUGUCAUCAGCUCUGCUGUGAAUGUCCGUUCCCAUGAUGAUAUUACUACUCUUACAGCUGCAGCUGCCACAGCUCUACGAGGAGCAGCAACCUUGAAAGCAAGAGCUUUGAAGGAGGUAUGGAAUAUAGCCACAGUUACGCCACUGGAGAGAGGCAUAGGGGGGAUUGGACUAUGUGGUAAAAGUAUUAACAGCAAUACUAGCAACACCAGCACCAGUGAUAGCGGGGAAGUUUUCAAUGGAGAAAAUUUUCUAGGUGCCUGCAGCCAAGAGCUUAUUGCUAAGGGCAGUGAAUUACUCAAGCGCACCCGUAAAGGUGAUCUUCACUGGAAAAUAGUGUCUGUCUAUAUACAUCGAACCGGCCAGGUAAUGCUGAAAAUGAAGAGCAGACAUGUGGCAGGAACAAUUACCAAAAAGAAAAAGAAUGUUGUGUUAGAUAUCUGCACGGAUUUACCAGCAUGGCCAGGGAGACAUCUGUUUGAUGAUGGUGAAAAGCGACGCUACUUUGGAUUGAAGACCGACCAAAGGGGGAUUGUGGAGUUUGAGUGUCGAAAUCAAAGAGAAUAUGACAUCUGGACACAAGGGGUUUCGAGACUACUCUCCAUUGUAGCACAGAGGCAAAACAGAUAUGGGAAUUAAACCUGUCAUCUUUAAUACUUACCAAAGGAGUCUCUAGCUAUCACUGACUACUGAACUCGAUUCAAACUACAUAUGUUUUGAGAUGUAAUUUGCAUGUGUUUAGCCUCAAAACAAUCAUCAUCGGCAAGACUCAAAUGGACUAGGUGAUUUCCGCAAAAAAAAUAUUUUUUACUGUCUAGAAAUGUAGAAUCGUAGGAAUUGUUUUUACCACCCAGCGAUAAUGCAUGUGCCAAGUCCCUAGAAUCAAGAAUCGCUCCAAUGUUGCCAUACGUUGUCAAGGAUAACUUAAAAACAUAAAAUGAUUCACGUGUUUUCAUUCAACAUAAGCUUCUGAGAAUUGUUUCCUGAAUAGAAAUCUGAUAUGGUUAAGAGUUUGAUCUCCUUCUUACCUUAUUAUUCUAAAAAGGUAGGUGGAUAAUUAGUUCACAAAAAUAAGAUGUUUGCGAACUUUGGGUUGAAUAUUCAAAGAUGCAACAUAAUACAAUAGAGUACAGCCAACAGUAAAGAAAAUUGCUAGCAUUUCUGCACUCGUUAUCUUAAUUUCCUCUGAAGUAGAACUGAUUUGGGAUUUUAGAUAGUUUGUCAA